CGAUCGCGAGCCAGAAACGCCGCGGUGCUGAACGUGACAGGAGCGGAAGAUGGUGCCGAGUCGAGUUGCUGUGUCCUUGGCCAUGGUGUUGGCCGCGGGACCCCGGGCAGCAAGAGCCCACGGCCUCGCUCUGGGUGUUUGCCGGGCAGUAGGACUGUCUACAUUGGGGCCUGGCCAUGACGAGGUGAGCAGGGCAAAGUUGGCUGCGCAAGAAUGGGAGAAGCACGGCAUCAACAAACCGACGAUCUUCUCCAAGAUCAUCAGCCGAGAGAUUCCGGCUGACAUCUUACAUGAGGACGACAUGUGUCUGGCGUUUCGCGACAUCAGCCCGCAGGCUCCCACACAUUUCCUCGUCAUCCCCAAGCUGCGCAUUCCCCGCAUCAGCCAGGCACAGAGCCAAGACACCCAGCUUUUGGGCCAUCUUCUCUUCAUUGCAAAAACCCUUGCAAAGAAGGAAAGGCUGGAUAAUGGGUACAGAGUUGUGAUCAACGAUGGACCGGAUGGAUCUCAGUCUGUCUAUCACCUGCACGUGCACGUUAUUGGUGGCCGUCAGAUGCUGUGGCCGCCUGGCUAACUGCUACCCCCCACCGUCUUCCUGUGAAGAACGUUCUCAGUAGAGAGAAGAAAUAGCUAUUUUUGGUAAUAUUUAAUUAGUGUUGGGAGCUUGUACAAAAUGACCAAAGAGUUGGGGUAUGUCUCUUCUUGUUUGUUGGAUUGUUGACUUGAUUGGUCGGGGUGA